CGGGGCCAGUUUCCUAGGAUUGCUGCGGGAGUCGGAGGCAGCAGGGCGGGGAGAGUGUGGCCCAGGCUACCGGAGCGGACACCUAUCAUCUGGAGACAACCGGCACGGCUGUGUUUGGGACGUGCGCUUCGCUUCCUUUCUUUCUUUUGGGGAUUUAAAAAACAGAAACAAACAUAAUUUCCAUAAAACAGGCCACGGGAGUUCACGCACAAACGAGAGUGCUCAGAGCGGUGCGAUGGAGGACGGGAAGCCGGUGUGGGCGCCCCACCCAGCGGACGGGUUCCAGCUGGGAACUAUAGUGGACAUCGGAUCCGACAGCCUCACCAUCGAACCUCUCAAACAGAAAGGAAAGACAUUUUUGGCUGCUAUCAACCAAGUCUUCCCCGCUGAGGAUGACGUCAACAAACAAGUGGAGGACAACUGUUCUCUGAUGUACUUGAACGAAGCCACCCUGCUCAACAACGUUCGCGUGAGAUACAGCAAAGACAAGAUUUAUACGUUUGUAGCCAACAUCCUGAUCGCGGUGAACCCGUACUAUGACAUCCCAAAGCUUUACUCGCCAGAGACCAUCAGCCAGUACCGGGGCCGCUCGCUGGGCACGCUGCCGCCACACGUCUACGCCAUCGCUGAUAAGGCAUACAGGGACAUGAAGGUGCUGAAGAUGAGCCAGUCCAUCAUCGUCUCGGGGGAGUCCGGAGCCGGGAAGACCGAAAACACCAAGUUCGUGCUCAAAUACUUGACAACCUCAUAUGGAACGGGUCAGGACAUUGAUGAGAGAAUAGUGGAAGCGAACCCGUUGCUGGAGGCUUUUGGAAACGCUAAAACCGUCCGAAACAACAACAGCAGUCGCUUCGGAAAGUUUGUGGAAAUCCACUUUAACGAGAAGAAUGCCGUGGUGGGCGGCUUCGUGUCGCACUACCUGCUGGAGAAGUCGAGGAUCUGCCGACAGAGCAAAGAGGAGAGGAACUACCACAUCUUCUAUCGGCUUUGUGCCGGAGCCACCGAGGACAUCCGGCAGAAGUUUCACCUCAGCUCCCCAGACACAUUCAGGUACCUAAACAGAGGAUGCACUCGCUACUUUGCCUCCAAAGAUACAGACAAACAGAUCCUGCAGAAUCGCAAGAGCACAGAGCACACCAAGUCGGGCCCUCUGAAGGACCCGCUGCUGGACGACCAGGGCGACUUCAACCGGAUGUCCGUGGCCAUGAAGAAGAUCGGCCUGGACGACACGGAGAAGCUGGACCUCUUCCGAGUGGUGGCCGGCGUGCUGCACCUCGGCAACAUCGACUUUGAGGAGGCCGGGAGCACUUCAGGUGGCUGCGCCAUCAAGAACCAGUCGAGUCAGACGCUGGAGCACUGUGCCGAGCUGCUGGGACUGGAGGAGGAAGACCUGAGAGUCAGCCUCACCUCCAGGGUCAUGCUCACAUCAGCAGGGGGCGCCAAAGGAACGGUCAUCAAGGUGCCACUUAAAGUGGAGCAGGCUAACAACGCUCGGGACGCCCUGGCGAAGGCCGUGUACAGCCGCCUUUUCGACCAUGUGGUGACCAGAGUCAACCAGUGCUUCCCCUUUGACUCCUCUGCCAACUUCAUCGGCGUCCUGGACAUCGCUGGCUUCGAGUACUUCGAACACAACAGCUUCGAGCAAUUCUGCAUCAACUACUGUAACGAGAAACUGCAGCAGUUCUUCAAUGAGCGGAUACUGAAAGAGGAGCAAGAGCUGUACCAGAGGGAGGGGCUCGGAGUCAACGAGGUCCACUAUGUUGACAAUCAGGACUGCAUAGACCUGGUGGAGGCAAAGGUGCUCGGCAUCCUCGACAUCUUGGACGAAGAGAACCGACUACCUCAACCCAGCGACCAGCACUUCACUGACACCGUUCACAACAAACACAAGGACCACUUCCGCCUCACCGUUCCCAGGAAGUCUAAGCUGGCGGUCCACAGGAACGUGAGGGAUGAUGAAGGAUUUAUUAUCAGACACUUUGCAGGAGCCGUGUGCUAUGAGACGACCAAGUUUGUGGAGAAGAACAACGAUGCGCUGCACAUGUCUCUGGAGAGUCUGGUCAGUGAGUCCAAGGACCACUUUGUCCGCGAGCUGUUCGAAACCUCCAGCAACAGCAAAGACAUGAAGCAGAAGGCGGGAAAACUGGGCUUCAUCAGUGUUGGCAACAAGUUUAAGACCCAGCUGAAUAUUCUUCUGGAGAAGCUCCGCAGCACGGGCUCCAGUUUCAUCCGCUGCAUUAAGCCAAACCUGAAGAUGAUCAGCCACCAGUUUGAAGGCGCUCAGAUUCUCUCCCAGCUGCAGUGCUCCGGUAUGGUGUCAGUGCUGGAUCUGAUGCAGGGCGGCUUCCCGUCCAGGGCUCCCUUCCACGAACUCUACAACAUGUACCAGCAGUACAUGCCGCCCAAACUCACCCGCCUCGACCCGCGUCUCUUCUGCAAGGCUUUAUUUAAAGCUCUGGGGCUGAAUGAGAACGACUACAAGUUCGGACUGACCAGAGUGUUUUUCCGGCCUGGGAAGUUCAAAGAGUUUGACCAGAUCAUGAAAUCGGACCCGGACCACCUGGCAGAGCUGGUGAAGAAGGUCAACAAGUGGCUCAUCCACAGCCGCUGGAAGAAGGUCCAGUGGUGCGCUCUGUCCGUCAUCAAACUGAAGAACAAGAUCUUGUACCGGACCAAGGCCUGCAUCCAGAUGCAGAAGACUGUUCGGAUGUGGCUCUGCAGAAAGAAGCACAAGCCUCGGAUCGACGGCUUAGUGAAGGUGCGUAACCUGAAGAUGAGGAUGGACCGCUUCACCGAGGUGGUGGCCGGGCUGAAGGAGGGCAAACAGGAGAUGAGCAAGCAGACCCAGGAUCUAGAGAACGCCAUUGACUCCCUGGUGGCCAAAAUCAAGAGCACCAUGAUGACCCGCAUCGAUAUUGACCACGAGUACCGGGCGUUGGUGACUCGGUCGGAGCAGCUGCUGACCGCCAUGCAGAACAAGAAGAAGGAAGAGGAGGAGAGAGAGAGGCUGCGGCGCAUCCAGGAGGAGAUGGAGAGGGAGAAGAAGAGGAGGGAGGAGGAAGAGCAGCGCCGUCUGCAGGAGGAGGACGAAAGGCGGCUGAAAGCAGAAAUGGAGCUGAAGAGGAAGCAUGAAGAGGAGCAGAGGAAGAAGAGGGAGGAGGAGGAGAGAAUGAUGCAGGUGGAGAUGGAGCUGCAGCUGCAGGCGGAGCGGGAGCAGGAGGCGUCCCGGCAGACCAUCCUGGAGCAGGAGAGGCGGGACCGGGAGCUGGCGCUGAGGAUUGCGCAGAGUGAGUCGGAGCUCAUCCCUGAGGAGGGUCAGAUCGACGCGGGCCUACGCAGUAAUGGCUCCUCAGUUCCAUCAUCCCCAGAGAGAGCAGCCACGGCGGGAACCACAGUAAUCAAGAGCUUGACCAUGGAAGAAAUGGCGAAGGAAAUGACUGAACUUCUGUCUAGAGGUCCACAGGUUCAGGCUUCCAAGGCCGCUGCUGGCGCCAAGAAGUACGAGCUGAGCAAGUGGAAGUACGCUGAGCUGCGGGACGCAAUCAAUACCUCAUGUGACAUCGAGCUGCUGGCCGCCUGCAGAGAGGAGUUCCACCGCCGGCUCAAAGUUUACCACGCCUGGAAGUCAAAGAACAAGAAGAGGAACACGGAGACGGAGCCGCAGCGAGCGCCGAAAUCUAUCACCGACUACGAUCAUGCUCCUCCUGUGACAAAAGCAUCGCAGCAGAACCCGGCCCCGCCCAUCCCGGCCCGGCAGUAUGAGGUGGCCAUGAACCGGCAGCAGCGCUACUUCCGCAUCCCGUUCAUCCGGCCGGGCGAUCAGUACAAAGACCCCCAGAACAAGAAGAAGGGCUGGUGGUACGCGCACUUUGACGGGCCCUGGAUCGCCCGGCAGAUGGAGUUGCAUCCCGAUAAACAUCCCAUCGUUCUGGUGGCAGGCAAGGACGACAUGGAGAUGUGCGAGCUGAGUCUGGAGGAGACGGGCCUGUCGAGGAAGAGGGGCGCGGAGAUCCUCCCCCGGCAGUUCGAGGAGAUCUGGGAGCGCUGCGGCGGGGUCCAGUACCUCCGCAGCGCCAUCGAGAGCCGGCAAGCUCGCCCCACCUACGCCACGGCCAUGCUGCAGAGCAUGUUCAAGUAGACGGAGCCCAGGAGGAAGAGGGGGGGUCCACAUUGCAUCGCAAACAAAGGGACAAACGCACCAGCUACCUACAGUAACACAGAUGGCAUCGGAGCGUGCUGCACCAGGUUCUGAACUGCGGGGCAUUCACGUGAACAGCGAUUCGUCUCAACUGUCUUUUUGUUUCUCUUCUGUUGUCCUUUGUCGGUUUUUUAGUUUGUGCUGGCUUUCGGCUCCUUGAAGAAGAAAGGGGGGAGGGAAGCGAGGGCAGGGAGGUUUUACAUUGAACCCUAUGCAGAAAAUCAUAGUAAAUUAUCACAUCUGGUUGUUUUCCAAUGAAUUCUGUUCUCUAACAUUUUUGCAAGUCUAACUCUGAGGCCUUAAUACUACUUUAACAGGGUUCAAAAUGCCACAAGUAGGACGUUAUUGUUUUGUUUUAAAGCUGCCUCCCCAAACGAGAAAACUUAAUUCCUCUGUAAUUAUGCAUUCCUGAUCAUUACACUGAAGUCUUACUGGUCCCAUCAUAACAGCUAGCUGUUUAUACACAUGGUCUUCAUGUGGUUCUUACAGGCCGAGAAACACUUGCACAACGGGCGCUCACCGUGACGCAGCGCUGCACGAGUAACUGCACUCAGAAUGAAGUCAAAUAUUUGCUAAUACUUUAUUUUUACUGUUUGUCUUUCCAACCGAAUGUAACUCAAGACCUUGGUGAUUUGCUCAUGUAGUGAUUCCUCUUUUCUUCUCAGUGUGUGUGAUUAAAUGUGUAAAAGCUAAUCAGAAAGAGGUCCAAAUGAUCGUUUGACAAACAUACCUCCGAACUAUAAGCCCUUGUUGGGUUUUGGUAAUUCAGCUCCGUGAUUAUUAUUCUGCGUUUUAUUAAGCAAAGCGGGAAAGUCUGAAAUUAUUAUGCAACUCAACGCGGGCUGUUUCAGACCAGAUCAGUGCUGUAAAAAAAUAUCCUCCAUACAUUCUUUAGUCAAAUUUGAUCUUUUUACACGAGGAAACAUCACUUGCCAAUGCAGUGAUUCCCAAGGCAGUUUCACGUUUUUCAUUAUCCUGAAAACAUAUAAUCAUGAUUCCAGAAAUGUUUUAAAGAAAUUCCAAAUCUCACGUCAGAUUGAAGAGCUAUGAAGCGCGCCAUUAACUCUGUACGAUGCACUGGUACUCAAAUGAACUGGAACAUUCUUUCAAACACUGAACAUUUUAUGUGCAGUCAACUGUGAUAUUCCAACUGGAACGUAAAAGUUUAUUUUUGGGAGAACAGUUUUCUACUCGCGCUCUGGCACAAGAAGCAAUAAAUCACGCAAGCUAAGCUAAGAGGGAAAAAAGAAACAGGCGUCCUUUGAUGUACA